AUGCAUCUAGAUACUAAUGAUAAUUCUGAAAGAACGGAUGAAACAUAUUUAAAUACAUUUGCUAAAAAAAAUGAAAAAAAAAGAAAAAGAAAUGAAAAUGAUGAGUCAGGAAACUUAAGUGAAAACAAUAAUCAUGGAGAGAACUACGAAGAAGAUAUGAUCCAAAUUAACAACGAUUUUGUUGUAAAUGGUUUAGAAAUAUAUGAUAAUAAUUUAUUACUUGAUAUGGACAAUACUAAACAAAAUGAAGUUGAAAAAGAAAGAAGUGACAAAAUUAGUCAUAAUAAAAAAAAUACAAAAUUAAUGAGAAUAAGUACCGAUUUAAAUAACAAUCCUAGUGAUAUACAAAAUGAAUUGGACAUAUUAGAUUCAAGUAAAAAUAGUUCAGUUUCAUUUUUUUCAAGAAAAACAAGAACAAGUAAAAAAAAAAAUAAUAAUAAUUUAUCUGAAAGAAAAGAAGGAAGUAGUAGUAGCAGAAAUAAUAGUGAUGAUUCCGAUUGGUUAGAAGAUAUAAUUAAAGAUAAAGAAAAGGGAAGUGCUAAAAAAAGUCGCAAUAAAAAUGUGAAUAAAACCCCUAGACGAGCAUCAAAUAAAAAUGAUACACAAGAAUUAUAUGAUGAGGGUUUAGAAAAUAGUGUAUUUAAUAUUAGUGUAUUGGAAGAUGUAGACAUAAAAAGUUUUUAUGGAACUACAGGGAAGAUUAUAAAAUUGAGGAUACGUAAUUUUUUAAAUCAUGAAAAUUUAGAAUUAUCUUUUAAUUGUUAUAAAAAUAUAAUUAUUGGAAAAAAUGGAAGAGGUAAAAGUGCGAUAGCUCAAGCUGUAGCUGUUGGUUUAGGUAGCCAAGGAAAAAAUGCAGGUCGAGAUACAAGUAUAGCUAAUUAUAUAAAAGAUUAUGAUAAAACAAAAAAAAAUUUAAUUUGUCAUAUAGAAAUAUUUUUAUCAAAUUCAGGUCCUAAUUCAUUUAAAAGAAAUUUAUAUGGAGAUAUAUUAGUUGUAAAAAGAAUUAUAUCUUCUCAUAGUAGUAAAUUUUAUAUUUAUGGACUUAACUAUUUUAAUCGAAGAUCUGGUUUAAUGUAUCCCACAUCUGAUGAUACACCAAAACGGAUUCAUUCGAUUAAUAAUGCAUUAGAGAACCCAUCUAUUUUAGAUGCAAGUUAUAAUUCAGUAGGAGAAAUAACAGAACAAAAUAGAGAAGCAAUAUUUAAGCAAGUACAAAAACGUGCAUAUAUAGAAAACUAUCUUAAUGUAAUAAAAUUAAAUAUAAAAAGUCCAUGUGUAUAUUUAGAUCAAGAAAAAGGUAAAAUGUUUUUCAGUAAUAUUAGUGAAAAAGGAUUAUAUAAAUUUUUUAUGUCAUCUGUUGGGUUAGAUAUUGUAGAAGAAGAAAUUGAAAAAGAAACUAGUUUAUUGGAAGAAUGUGAAAAACAGAUAAAACAAAAAGAAGUUUUAUUAGCACCACAAGUAGAAGAAUUAAAUAAUAUAAAAAAAAGAAAUGAUUUAUUAGUAUAUGAAUUUAAAAAAUUAAAACAAUAUGAUAAUGGUUAUAAGGUUUUUGUAUUUUAUGAGCUAUUAAAAAAUACAAUACUUCUUUUUAAUGAAUAUUUAAAAUCAGAAAAUUUAAAAAAUGAAAAAGUAAUAAAUAAUAUAGAAAAUCAAAUGUGUAAUCUUGCUAUAAAAAAUGAAUAUAUUAAAGAAGAAUUAAAAAAUUUAAUAGAGAUGGAUAAUAAUGUCUAUAAAUAUGUUAUAAAGAAUAUGAAAAAAAUAAAUAAAUAUGAUAGUAUGCUAAAUGAAUUAGAAGAUUUAAAAAAUUGUUAUAUAAAUCAAAAAGAAAGUACACUAAACGAUUUAAAUAUGCUAAACAAAAGAAAAGAAAAUAGUAAUUUAUUAAAAGAACAUUUGAAUAAAUAUGAACAGCAAAUGAAUUCUUUAAAUGAAAAAAUGGCAAAUGAAAAAAAAAAAGAAAAAGAUUUACAAAUAGAAAUUAGUCAAAAAGAAAAUAAAAUUUAUGAUUUAGAAUAUUCUAUAAAAAAAAUACAAAAUAGAAUUGAAGAAAUUGAUAAGCAAAUAGACAUAAUUACUAGUCAAGCUACUGAAAUACAAAAAAUUAAAAAUAUUCAUAUUAAAAAAAAAAUGUAUAUAUAUGGUUAUGAUAUAUAUUCAAUUUGGAAUAAUAUAAAACAUGUAUAUAAAAUUAUUAAUAAAUCAGAAAAAGAUUAUUUUCCAAUUCCAGAAGAAUGGCAACUAACCAAUAAUGUAUCUAAAAAUUAUGGAAAAAAUGAAAGUGCAUUUAAAUAUGAACCUAUUGGACCUAUUGGUGAAUAUAUAAAAAUGAAUGAUCUAGCUAAAAAUGAUAAAAUUCUUUCUAUAAUUGAAAAACAUCUUGGUGAUAUAUUUUAUUCAUGGCUAGUCAGCUGUUAUGAAGAUAAAAAUAAUCUAAUAAAAGCUAGUAAUUUUGGAAAAGGAAAUAUAAAAAAUUUAAAUAUAAUAGUUACAAAUUCAUUCAAACAUAUAAAUCGUAAAAGUUUAUUACAAAAUAUUGAAUAUUUUCUGAACAAAAUUAAUGGAAAUACAAUAUAUUCAUAUUUAAAUAUAGAUUUACUUCCUACAUCUUUAUUAUUUUAUCUCUAUGAUAAUUUUAAAAUUGCUCAGACAUUAAUUUGCAAUGAUUCAAGUGAAGUACAAGAAAUAUUAAAUACAAAUAAUAAAAGAAAUAUAAAAUCUAUUUAUGUUGUUAAUGAAUAUGUUUUAGUUAAAGUGAUGGGUAAUGGUGGGUUACACUAUCAGCCAUUUAAAGAAGAGAAUUAUAGAGCUCCAGUUUUUUUAAAUUUAGAAAAAAAUGAAAAUAAUAAUUCAUAUAAUAAGGAAAAUAAUCAAAAUGGUAAAGACAAGGGAGAUAGUAGUGGACUAACAAAAGAAGAACAACUAAAAGAGUUAAAAAAUGAAAAAAUGGAAAAAAGAGAUGAAAUUGGUGUUACAUCUAAAAAGAUAUUAUCAUAUAAAAAUGUGAUAGAAAAAUUAAAUGAAUCUAUAAAAAAAUGUAAACUUUCACAAGAUGAAUUAACUUAUCAAAUAAAAAAUGUUGAUGAACUUAUACAGAAUCAUGAUAAAAUAUUUUCUGAACAAUUAGAUGCAAAAAUUAAUGAAAUAGAUGAAAAUACUAACCAAAUUAUUGAAUACAUAAAUGUAAUUGAAAAUAAAAAAAAAAAUGCAGAAAAUUUUACAAAUUUUCAUACAUAUUUUUUAUCUACACAUAUAGAUUAUUUAAAAAGAAAAAAAAAAAAAAUGAAUAAUAUGGCAGAAGAAUUCGAUAAUUUAAAUGAAAUAUUAACUAAACUUGAAAAAGAUAAAUUAAAAAAUGAUGAAGUAUGUAUAAAAAAUAAACAAAAAUUUAUAGCAUCUUUAAAUAAAUUACAUUCUAUAUAUUUUGAAACAUUAAAUGCAAAUUGUGUCCUUGAAAAUGUUUUUCUAAAUAAUCCAUUUUUAAUAUUAAAAGAUAGAACCUCAAAUGUAGAAAUUGAAAAUGCUGUUAUCGAAAAAAAAGUAAAUAAUAAAAAUGAUGAACUUAAAAAAGGAACAGAGAAAAAUAAUAUAAUCAUAAAUAUGGAUGAAAAUAUAAAUGACAAUCCUGAAUUAGCUUUAUCAAUAAAUGACAAUCCUGAGUUGCCUUUACCAAUAAAUGACAAUCCUAAAUUGUCUUCACCAAUAAAUGACAAAAAUGUUAGUAAUAAUUAUGAAGAUGCAUAUAUUGAUAUUCGAUUUACAACAAAAAAUCCUGUACGGAAUGAGUUUGAAAAGGAAUCAUUUUCUGUCCCUAUUCCACUAUCUUGUCUAAGCUCAUUCAAUAAAAUGUUUGUUAUAUCUAAAGGUGAUGAAAGCAACGAAGAUGGAAAUAUAGACAAUCAAAAUUCAAAUAAAAUAAAUGAAAAUCUGACUAAUUUGAAUGAUAAAGAUAAAGAAGGGGAAAUAGCAGAUAUAAUAAAUUUAGAAAAAUAUGUUAAAAAUAUUUUAUAUGAUAUAAUAAAUCCUGCUAAAGGAAAUGAAAUUAUUUCUAGCCAAAAUGAUGAAUGUCAAAAUAAUCAAAUAGAAGAUGAAAUAAAUAAUUUAUGGAAUAAUAAUCAAGUAGAAGACGAAAUAAAUAAUUUAUGGAAUAAUAAUCAAAUAAAUAUAGAAGGAAAAAAAUAUUCUGAUAUUUUAUGGAAAAAAAGAUGUGAAAAAAAAAUAGAAAUAACUGAAAUACUUAAAAAACAUGGUUUUAAUACUAAUGAAUCAACAGAUAAUUCAAUGAAUAUUUUUUUUAAUAAUUUAAUUGAUCAAUAUACCAAUGAAGAAAAAUCUUUCAACAUUCAAAUGAAACAAAUAUCAGAUUUAAAAAAAAAUUAUGAUAUGCAUUUAUCUAAUAUUAAACUAAGAAAAGUUAAAUAUUCUAAUGUUUUAAAUAAAACAAAAGAACAAAUUACUGACCAUUUUAUAAGUAUAUUAAAAAGUAUGAAUAAUUAUAAAGGGAAAAUUGAAUUUGAUGAUAUUAAAAAAGUUAUAAAAGUUAUGGUAUCAAUAAAUCAAGAUUCAUCUAAUAAUACAUUUAUGGAAAUAUCUUCUUUAUCUGGUGGAGAAAGAUCAACUAUACAAAUGGCUCUUUUAGCCUCUAUGUCACUAACAGAAAGUUCGUCUUUCCAUAUGUUUGAUGAGCUUGAUGUUUACAUGGAUGAGCUUACUCGGGUUAAGAACAUGCAACAGUUUUGCAAAUUCAUUGAAAGCAGUGGGAAUAAGCAGUACUUCUUCAUAACACCCCACAUUGAAAUAACAGAGCUCUUUUUAGAGGAGGCAAAGGAAAAAAAAGCUAAAAUCUUUAGUUUGUCAUAA